UAACACACAACCGCGUCCUAUUCCGUACUGAGAGAUUGUGUGGUUACACAGACUCUUCCGAAUUUUUAGAGACUUUUUCCUCCAAAAUGCCGACAUAGCUGUGGUGGUACAUGUCUUGUGUCAAGUACCUAAAUUGUGAACCGUUUUUCCUCAAUAUCACUGACUACCACAUAAGGCGCGUUUUCCCUUCGGGAAGAGAGAUUGUCCGUUUUUCGUCUCGGUGCUUCUUGCCGGCACAAAAGUGUCAAUCGAGAAAGAGAUGUCUUUUUACAUCAAUCGUCUUUUUCCGUUUUUUUGCAUGAAGGUUUUGCAUAUUUCGUUCGGUGAAUGCUGGCGAUAUGUAACGAACAUAACACUGUUGAAGUAGCCCAUGCUAAUUCCGUCGAGAACUGAGUGAAUUCUUGCUGUUUCAGGCAUGUGGAACAUCCUGUCAGGAGGAGGAUACAAAAACGUAGCGUCUCCGUAAAGGAAAAUUGAACACAAUUGGCUUUGUAUCACAGGAUGAGAGUCGGCUUCGAUCACAACGCCAGUGGGCAAGGUGUUUGCCACGUCGACCAACGGAAAGGCCCGCUGGAGUCUGAACACCACCUCGAAGAGUCGGAAUCAACAAAUGUUUCAAGCGAGCUGUAUUCUGAUGCACCGUGCCCACGUGGCAGUUGUAGUCCACCAUGCAUAACCGACUUGCGAAAUAGCAAUUCAUACGCCGGAUUUGGAACACAGGCUCCCCGCGGCUCACCGUUCACUACAUUGCUCCUUCCAACUAACCAGAAGACAAACCAUUUGAUGUCAACCCAGUCGCCUGAAGCUCCGUUUUCCGCCGCUGAGCUUACACUAACUAAAAUGAAUACGGCUAUGCAGGCGGCGUUUCCUGCUGCGGAAAACUCUGUCGGUCCGGCAAUGUUCUCCCCUAAAGAUGCCACAGAGUAUUCGAUACAGACUGGCAUCCCAAGGGACAUUAGUUCUCUCGAGACAGCGUGCACGCCAGACGCUCAAACUCCUCAAUUCCGCGCCUGUGAACUAUCACCGCAGGCGGGGGUUCGUGACCCGCAUACACAACAGUCUGCGAAACCGCCGGUGUCUAAUCCCACCCUGCGCUGCCUGCGGAUCGGGACCAAUUCAAGAGAGCGAAAAACUCUAGUCGGGCGACAACAACCUACAGAGAAACCGGGAAGUACUUCGUUCUGGUCUCAUUCCAAACAAGGCGAAGCUCGGACAGGGGCCGUCACCCGAGGCGAAAUCCUACUAGCUGAAGAAAAUGGAUUGGAUGUAAACAGGAAGAGAAGAGUGUCCCAGGCGGACGACAAUAAGCGGCGAGUGGAACUUCUUCACAAUAGCGAAGCAAGGGCAUUUCCCACGAGCACGAACACAGGGAAUCAGAGGCGACACGGGAGUCCAGCCCUUAUUUUGGGACAUCUACAGGAUGUGGUACCGGGAUCGGACGUAAACGGAAGUCGAACGCCAUCAGGCAUGAAUUUUUCUCACUUAAAGGUUCGUUCCUUUGUACCCUUCCAAUUUCAGGCUCCCCACAAACCCGGCAACACCGGUGAACACAAAGGCAGUUGCGCAGAGACCAGGCAAGUCACAUUGUCGAGAGGGUACCACUUUGAGUCGCAGCGCUGGGACGACACAAGAAUUCUACCAUUGAAAGGGCUGAUUGGGAGUGGAGCCAUGGGUCACGUCUACUUAGUGGAGAUAGACGACCAGCAGUAUGCUUUAAAGCUGGCGGUCCAAAGCGACCCGGCUGCAUGUAUGUAUCUCCGCCACGGAUGGAGAAACCUUACCCGCCUAGAAUCCAUGUAUCUUACAGAGGAGCUUGAGGCGGUUGUGUCCACCGGCGAGGCGCAAGAACUCUCUGUUGAACAGAAGAAAUCAACCGAAGGGGAGGUGGAGGCAGAGAGUUCAGAUCCGACACGCUCAUGUCCGUUUGGCGGCGAUGGAACUUCGACUCAUACCUCAUCCGUACAACAACAGAUAGAGAGUAAGAAGGCGACUAAAGCACCAAGAUAUUUUUGCAAGCCUCUGGCGUUUUUGGAAGGAGACUGGAUUCGUUUCCGAGGUGGAAGCGACACAGGUCAAGAUGUGCAGAUUUCUGAAGAUACAACGACAGGCAACUCGAGCGCUUCCCAAACCCCUCGAGUGACUCCCAUAUGUGCUUACAUAAUGGAGUAUAUUCCGAAUGCAUGCCAACUGACAGCCUUUAUCUGGAAUUUUCAUCGAACCUCAGAUCUAAGUCAACUUCUCAGGGCGAGUGCGUAUCCCCAGGGUACUCUGGCUGCCAAGCGUCUGGUCGACUUAAGCAUACAUGUUGCAACGGCGCACAAGAUUAUUGCCUGCAAGGCUGGUAUGGUUUCUUUUGAUUUCAAUCCGAAAAAUAUUCUUGUGAAUGUGGAGUUGCCGGCAUGUAUAAGUGACAGGCUGGGUGCCACAGGGCAAUCCCCGGUAUUGUCUGCAGCGGAAAUAACACGAACGGUUCUCUGUGAUCCUGUUGCCAAAUUUCGAGUCGUCGCAAUUGACCUUGACUGCUCGCUACGCGCCCCAUUCUCCUCUGCGAACGAAGAUAACUUGUUGCUCGACUGGAGCUGUGGGCGUAGGGUGGUGUACUCAUGUCCUCACGUGUCAUCCAUCACGGCUGCAUAUAUCUUGGCGGUCCUAGCGAAGAACAAAGGCGAAGGACAGUUUGCAAGAAGUGGAUUGAAAGAGACUGUGGCGCACAACGCCAUAUGUCAACGUAUCGACGAUAAGUGCAACUUCCUUCACUACAUGUGGUCCGAAAAAAAUGUCACAAAUAGUAUUCAAAGGCCCGGGGUUGCUAAUAGAUCACCGUCAGAAAAGUACACGAGCAGGGGACAAGGAGCUGCCGCCACUCUUCCCUCCACAUCGGAUCGUCAGGAGGAUAGUACACGAGUAGUCGGUGGAGAGGCACGACGCCACCAUGUGGAAGAACGAUUGCUUCAGCGCCACAAGGAUGAACCAUUUGUUUCAGAACUCUACCUUCCAUGUUUUCUAUACCCACGAGAGCGCCUGCCACGUGAUGUAUCGCAGAAGGAAUACAGGAAAUAUGGCGUGAGACUUGUUGGCCAUCACGUGAACAUGCAAUUGCUCGCUUUCAUUCUCUGCGAACUGCUGGAUUUCAAAAGCUUGCACGUCGUGGUCCUCCAGAAGUUUACUCCAGAACUUCGCCUACUCGAGUUGCCGACUGAUAUUUGCCGUAUGUUCUCCGAACAGGACCAGAUUAUCAGCUGUUUGUGUUUUUCUGCCCUCACGAAGAUGAAAAGCGCUACUACCACUGAGAGAAGUGGCAUCCAUCCCGGUGAUUUCCGCAAGGAGAAAGCUGACCCUUUGCGAGGGCAAUUGAACGACAAUCUUUCGAGGCAACCAAGCCAUCGAGCGCCGCCACGGUGUACGAACCAAGUUCGAAAGCCCCUCGCGGAGGAUACUAUUCCAGCUUUAUCUCAUCCUUUUCCUCAUUCGGCACGCACCGCCAACAGCGUCACCUGUUUCUCUCCCGAUGUUGGUCGACCUAGGACUCGACGAUUCCUUCGCAUGGCGGGUGUGUAUCCUCUUGCUGUAAACAAGACGGAAAACGACAUUUCGCGGCAAGUUUUCCCAGCCAAUAGGACUGCUUUUGCUUUCUUCAGAAAAGAGCACACUGUGGCGUCCUACCAGACUCCACCCGGACAGUGUAAAAAGGCUGAGACUCCAAGAAGAGACUUGAACUUCCGAGAGGGCUUGAUGCCUGAUUCCUUCGCGGUCACUGCAGGAUUCCAGAGAGUUCAAAAUGCUCACCAAAACUCGGAACCGCCACCGUCGGUGUCAAGCGAGGAGUCAGUGGUAGCGGGGAGCUGUGGACGGCAAGCUGCAAUUGGGGCGCAGGAGAAUGACAAGGUAUUAAAAGGGAACCGUACACUGGUGAGGAACUCGACAAUGUCGUCAAGGAAGUCACCGGCGGCAGAGGAGCUGAAGCGACUCUUCUUCACAGCUGAAGAGGUUUCAAACAUGUCAGUCUGGGAGAAAGUCGAGGCUCUUCCCGCUCUGAGUCCCCAGGACUUCCUUCCGUCCGUCGACCUUUUCGGAAGGCGGUGUCGAGAAGAGAUGUCUUCUCUUAACUCAGUGUUGUUGGAGUUUUUAGAUCCUCACCCUUAUUAUGUUCUUCACAAUUACAACUCGCCUGAACUAGCUUUCGACAACCUUGUCCAGUCGCUGCGCCGUUUGAGCCAACGGAUCAGCUCCUGAUACAGAUCAAUUCACAAAACACAGGGAAUUGAUCCUCCGCCUCUACGCCGUACAGACGAAUCGGAUAGUACGAAUGCUUCUAUGCAUACGUAUGCGUACGCAUGUCAGAAGCUGAAUAACCAGAUAAAGGAAGUCAGGGAUUUCCCGCGUCCUGGAAACUGUCUUAUUUUUUUUCUCCGAGAGCGUAAACUACUCCCGGCUGAACAACCCUUUUUUUUGUAACACAUUUCUUUUCUCGCGGGUCAUGGGCCAUAGUUUUGUUUCCACGUUUUUCAUACUUGGCAUGAAUUGGUAUGUUGAGACGCGUUGUUGUCGUUAGGAAACCAGAUUUGUGUGCUUGACAACUCGGUUGCCACAGGGAGGUAACCGACACUGAAACACCUAUUUCUCGUUUCUCCCUGUUGCUUCCAACGGUUGAAUGCAUCGAUUUCUUUGCAGUCGUGGUUUUGCUGCAAGGACCUCACUACCAGAAACAAAGAAGGGUCCAAUGCUUGUGUGUGUUCACAAAACAAUAAUCACGGUACAUCAUUACUGUUGAUAUUCGCUCCCGGGUCCUGCGACCUGGAGAAGCUUUACUUUCCGUUGCCUACUUAGCGGACGUUUUUUUUCACCUUUCCUCGUUCGUAUUACGAGGAACACAGCAUGCUCCUUCGUUUAGUGAGGCGCCCUCAGAAACCUCGUGAUGUAGACAUAGGCUCCCCAGAGGCUGUUGUUCAGCAUUGUUGUUCCGUACAGGUACUGUGUCCGAAAAACGAGGAAUGAAUGCGAUAUGCAGGCUCCACGGAGCCCUUUGCACCAUUUGCACCAGGAAUUCGUUUUCGUCAGUGAAUAUUGUCACCUCUUCCUCCCCUUUCCAUGUCAAAGCAAACUGUGAAACUAGCGUAACAUUGGAAAAACACGAGGUGUGUACGGAAUACUUGUUUUCACC